AUGUCCUUCGCCAGGAUCUUCAUCACUAUUCUUUUGCUUUUUAUCCUCCGGAGAGCAUUUAAAUGGCUCAAGAUGAUCGUAGAUGCUCGCUCAAUCGGCUUGCCUAUGGUGUUUGUUCCAAUGGACCAAACCAAUUUCCUCUGGGUACUUUUAUCUUCUCGCAACCGAUUCCGAUUACAGAGCCUUCUCCCACUGUGGCUCUGGAAGCGCCUAUCUAUAACGAUCCCGGGUUGGGAGCUCUUUGAGCCAUCAAAUCCCCUUGAAACGUCUCCCACCUCUCGCACAGAAGCGACGGAUACAUCCUUCAUACUGGUGGGACUGCGCACAUAUGACUUCUGGACUGCCGACCCGCAAGUGGCCCACGAAGUACUCCGCCGAAUUCACGACUUUGAACAGCCUCGCGAAUUGGAAUUCCUCCUGGCCAAGUUCGGUCCCAAUGUCUUGACUGCCAAUGGAGACCAAUGGGCUCGACACCGCAAGAUCGUCACUAAAGUCAUCAAUGAGCGCAUCUCUAAAGCGGUUUUUGAAAGUUCCAUAUACUAUUGCCGGAGAAUCUUGCACGACGUGCUCACCACCUCACCCGACAAAAGUAGCUCGGUGGAAACGACGAUGCUGUUUGACAAGCUCACUCAGAUUAGUUUCAGCAUCCUCAUCGGCGUCGGUAUUGGCGACAAAUUUCCAUGGUACGACGAGGAAAAACAAGAACCCGAGCCUCCUUAUCAAAUGGCGUACAAAGAUGCGCUUCUCACAUACGUGAACAAUGCGUUCGGUGUUGCCAUACUUCCACCACGCCUUCUCAAUCACUGGCCGUCGUGGGCGCCAGGGCAUAAGAAAAUGAGGACAGUAGGACGGUCCAUGACGGAAUUCUGUAUGCGCAAUAAAUCCCUGAUUGAUCAAGAGCAGAAUCGCAUAGCUAGGGGCGAAACCAGCACGUCUUCAAACGCGGACUUCAUAGCUCUCUUGGUUCAAGCAUCUCAAAGUGGAGAGGACUCUCAACAGUCACUCUCUGAAAAUGAAAUGAUUAGCAAUCUGUUUGCUUUCACCGCUGGUGGAUACAAAACUAUUGCAGGGGCGUUGGAUUUUGCUGUGGUCCUUCUAGCAAGAUUUCCACUGUGGCAGGAUUGGCUAAUCGAAGAAGUCGAUAGCCUUAUACCUGCUGAUGGAGAUGGAUCAGAACCCCUUGAGUAUACAACCAUCUAUCCCCAGGCUGUGCGCACGUUGGCCUUCGUAAUGGAGACGGAGAGACUGUACGGCUCGGCCUCUCGCUUAUUCAGGAUAGCGUCAGGCCCCCAAACCAUUCAAGUAUCAUCGGGGACCACAGUCCGACUACCAGCCAAGACCAGAGUUCAUAUCAAUGUGGUAGCUCUCCAUCACUUACCAUCAUGGAGGGACAUCAAUCAUCAAUCAGAUCCAGAUCGAUUCAAACCCAGUCCCGAUGCUCCCGACGAAAAGCUAUUUCGACCGUCAAGAUGGAUUAACCCGCCUGGAUCAAAGUACACGCAUUUUCACCCGCCCAAAGGCACGUUCGUGCCAUGGUCACAAGGGCCUCGAAUCUGUCCAGGGCAGAAAAUGGCACAAGUAGAAAUCACGACAUUGAUUCUAUGUCUGCUGAGGAGACACCGAAUCGAACCGUCUAGAUUGGAAGGAGAGACCCUUCAAGAUGCAGAGAGGGGAUUGGAUGCAAAGCUGCAGAACGUCCAAUGGGGUGGAAUCGUGUCCUUGGAGAAGGAUCCCCAUCUCAAAUUCAGAGUUUCUCAACGCCGAUAA